GAGCUCAGUAGCACGCCCCUCUCUCUCUGUGUGUGUGUGUGUGUGUGUGUGAGCUGUGAGCUCAGUAGCACGCCUCUCUCUCCUCAGCUCAUCAUGGCGGACGCCAGCAGUAACCACGUCCCUGUUUUAUUCUCCUUUUCCGUGUUUUCGCGGCCGUCUUCGGUGCCUCUGGGCUCCGGGUAUGAAGUGCUCGUGCAGAAGUUUCUCUCCAUUUACGGCUCUCAGAUCGACGUGCACCGCAAAUUUCUCAUUCAGGUGUUGUCAGAGGAAUGGGGACAGUACGUGGACCUGCCCAAGGGCUUUGCCAUAGCGGAGAAAUGCAAGCUGCGCUUAGUUCCUCUUCAGUCGGAUAUCCCUACAUUGGGCAACCUUUCUCCAGCCACCACCAUUUUCUUCUGCUGCGACAUGCAGGAACGAUUCAGGCCUGCCAUCAAGUACUUUGGUGACAUCAUCAGCGUAGGCCAGAGACUGCUCCAGGGUGCUCGUAUUUUGGGGAUCCCUGUCAUCGUGUCGGAGCAGUACCCUAAAGGCCUGGGUAGCACUGUACAGGAGAUGGAUCUGACCGGGGCCAAGAUGGUCUUCCCUAAAACCAAGUUCUCCAUGGUACUGCCGGAGGUGGAAGCUGUGCUGGCUGAGACUCCAGGGGCCCGAAGCAUUGUGCUCUUCGGAGUGGAGACUCACGUGUGCAUUCAGCAGACAGCGCUGGACCUGAUUGGGAAGGGGUUUGAGGUGCACAUUGUAGCAGAUGCAACGUCCUCCAGAAGCAUGAUGGACAGAAUGUUUGCACUAGAGCGGCUCGCACGUACCGGCAUCAUCAUCACCACCAGCGAGUCAGUCCUCCUGCAACUCGUGGCGGAUAAAGAGCAUCCGAAGUUCAAAGAAAUCCAGAACAUCAUUAAGGCCAGCGCUCCUGAGUCAGGCCUGCUCUCAAAGGUCUGAGCGACGUGACGCACUAAACUUACUUCCACUGUUGGCUUCAUAUAAUGUCUCUUAGAGAUUUUGCAGAAAUGCUUCAGCUGUGUGUUACCUCAUAUAUUUGAAAUCGUUCCAAACUGUAGUGGUGGAUUAGCCAGCAUUUACUUUUAGAUGUGCCGUGCAAAAAAACUGGUUAGUCCCACGUAUUUAUUCAUUGUUUAAUGGAUUUCCUGCUUUGUAGACUGAACAAAAUCUACAAAACUGAUGCAGCAAGUUAAUGAACGAGUUUAUUUAGUGUAACAUUGUGCUGUUGAACGUGAGGACACCACUGCAAGCAUGAAUGUAGCAUAGCCACUCUGACAACCAUAACAGCCUGGAAGUGUGUCCUUACUUUCUGGUCAAGUCUCUAACUUUCUUUUCUUUCUAAGCUUUAAAAAUACACAAAUUCAUAGAAACCCCUGAAUUCCCUUACCUUCAAAUUACCUUCAGAAACACAUUUAAUGUGUAUGGAAAAUUGGGUAACAGCUGAGAUGUAUUCAAUACACUGUAAUCCAACACUAUUAUAAAUAAAUGUGCAGUAGAAGGUCACAAGCGUUAGACUAACCUCGGUGACUGAACAGAUGGUCUAAUUAGGAGAUUAAUGAGCCAUUGGAGCAUGAGGACUUGCGCUGCUUUAGUGUCUGUACUGAAUUAUUAACUUGUAAUAUGUUUAGUACUGUUUCUGUGGCAUUUUGCUUGAAUAGGGCUAUAAAGAAAGUGAUCAAAAUGUAUGUUCUGUGUAUCUCCCCUAAACUGUAAUCGUUUAACAUGCUUUUUUUCCCCUCUUUUCUUUAAAACAUAGUUACUGACCUGUUCUGUCUUGUGCUUUAUAUAUUGAAGUCUACUUUCUCAAGCCAUUAGUUAACAUCAUUAUAAAACACAUGAAUAUUAAUAUGAUAGGAAUGGCACUUAAUUAUGAACAAUGUUACAACAAGACACUGGGAAUAAGUGUUGGGGUAAGGUGUGGUGUUAAUUCUUAAUUUUGAUCUUUAAUUAAUUUGAUGUAGAAAGUUAAUCUUUGUAGUGGAAUAUAUUUAUUUUUAACAUAUGUAUGGGUUUUUUGCUUAUCCUUUAAUAUCUUGUUGUUGUUGCUGGUGUGUGGUGUGUAUUUGAAACAGUUUGUGUGUAUUGUUUUUUUUUUCCCCACUAUUUUACAUGUUUUCUGAGUCACUUUAUGCCCAAAAAUCCUUAUAAACUGCACUGGCACUGCAUUGCCCCUUAAGUCUGUAAAGGUUGGCGUGUAUGUGUAUGUGUAUGUGUGUGUGUGUGUGUGUGUGCGUGUGUGUGUGUGUGUGUGCGUGUGUGUGUGUAUGUCUUUACGCUUUGGCAUUCUUUUUGUUUGUGUGUUAGAUCUGUUAAUGUCUGGAUACACUUAAGCUAACUUUGCUCAGACAUGAUUUUUUAGCUUUUAUCACAUGUACAAAAACAUGCAUUUUUAUGUAACUGAAUGUAUCUGGGUGUUUCAGCAGAUUUUCAUGCUGUGAGAGUGAAAGCAAGGGAAAUAUAGCAAGAUCUACUCAUUAGGUUUUUCGCCUACAUUAUGUAUUGCAGAACUAUGAUUUAAUGCAUACAUAUUUUUUGGUUAUCACUAUAAAAUAACUGUUUUAUAGUGUUAGGGAGUGUUCAGUCAUGGAGAUUACUUGAUACAGUAUGUCCUUCAUUUUUAUAAGUUAACUUUUAUUCAUUUAAAAGGCAGAUGAUUAGCAAUCCAAGGAGUGAUGUUUCAGUACUUACAAUUAUUGCUCGAUAAACAACCUAGAAAAUGAUAUUUAUUGCUGUUUUCCUUGCUUAAAAAUGUCAUGCAGUACAUCAUUACCACCACAUGUGGUGAAGUGUAGUGAUGUGCAGAGGAAUUAUAAUAUAAAUGAAUGAUGAAUAAGUAACACACUUCCACGACUGUCUAAUUAAAAGCUUGUGUUUUGAAUUCCUGAAUAAGAUGAGCUUUAAAUGAUUUUCCACAAAAUACAUUUUAGUAGUUUCUCAAACAACCUCCAGCAUUUCCCUGUUUUCCAUAAACGAGACUGUAGUUAGUUCAAAUCAAGUACUUUUCUGUAUCUGUGCUGUAGAAAAUACUGAACUGUCUGUGUUUCAGAUUUUAUAAAAAUGUUUUUGCAAAAGUCCUGCUGCUUAAGCGUAUCCAGACCCUAACUGAGAAUGCAUCUGUGAACUAGCCUCCAGCAGAUGUUUGUGAAUCAGUGUGUGAGAAGGACAAAUAUAUACAGUGCCUAUUUAUGGACAGGUCCAAACUGAUUGUACUUCUCGCAGGUAGCCUACUUGAUGUGACAAAAUACUUGUGCACUUUGUUCGCAUUAUAGUAUAAGAGCACAUUGAUUUUUGUAAUGGCUAACGUAAAGUAUGUAAUAAAUGUUUAUAUUCACUGUA